UUAAGAUUAUCGUCAAAAGUAUUUGACACUUUAUCAAUCUGUAAGGUUACGACAAAUGGCCGAGUUACAAAACAAAUUUCAUUUUUAACAACCUAAAAACUGCUGGAAAUUUGUAGAAAUUUUACCGUUUAGGGAGACUAUCGUUACCUUAAAUAUCAAGCAAUCGUGGGUAAUCGUACUUACCAAUGUUGCUUGACUUUAAUAACGAAUUCGCUACUUACAAUGCUAGCGUUCCUAAGAUACCUAAAGUCAAGCAAUCGUGCGUACUUACCACGAUGCCACUAGGGAAUUCGUUACUAAAGUCAAGCAAUAUUGCGUACUUACAUCAAGCAACCUGCAAUUUUUUAAGCUAAGAAAUUACGCCAAGCACACCAUUAAUGAUUUAAUUAAGGGGUGAAUUAUAUAUCAUAUCAAUGUUUAUGUUAAUAAUAAAUAAUACCAAAUAUAAAAUUUAAUUAAGGAUUCCAAACUUAAAUUAGCACGGGAAAAUGUCUGCAUCUUUGUUCCGACCUUUUCAUUCGUCGCUGCUGGCAAGUUCUUUCUGGAGGCGGGCGAGGAGUUUCAGUUCUUCAGCAGGACGACGAAAUAGAUCCGAACCAGACCGAUACGUUAUCGAAGGCCGGCCGCUGGAUGCCGUUCGUGGUGUGGCCAUUCAAGACUACAUUUUCGAAAAUCUCUCCAAAUAUGAGGACCGACCACUUUUUGUAACCGCAUAAAUUCCUUCAUUCCCAUUCCAAUUGCUCUUACUGAAGCUUCUCUCUCUUUGUGUUUGACCCAGACGUGCGGACUGACUCAAAGGUCAUACAAUGGGAAGAUGAUGAAUGACAUGGCCCGCGGCUUCGGAGCAGCUUUGUUGCACCACGGGGUGAAAAAGGGCGACAUCGUCUGCGUCCUCCUGCCAAACCUUCCAGAGUAUCCCAUCGUUAUGCUGGGGAUUUGGUUGGCUGGUGGAAUCGUGUCCCCAGUGAGCUCCUCGUCCACGCCAGGUUUGACCUCGUGGCAUCAUGUACAUGCAGUUUUGCCGCGUCAGUAUCGCAUCGGCCCAUUUCAUAGUUAACUUUGUGUGUUUGUAGAUGAACUGACGCGACAGUGCAGCAUCACGCAAUCAAAAAUAAUCGUGACGAUGCCCUUCUUCGUGAACUUGGUGAAGAGUGUGCUGCCCACGGUGCCCUCGUUGAAGUCCGUGAUAGACGUCGACCCCUUCGAGGACACUGUGGCUCCAGAUACGCACUCUUUUUUCGAAAUGACAAAAUCAAGUGCGGCUGGCGUCGAGUUUUUUACCUCGUCCAAAGUGGACACAAAUAACGAUAUUGCGAUCUUGCCAUUUUCUUCAGGCACAACUGGAAAGCCGAAGGCCGUGAUGCUGACCCACACCGGCUUGUGUUCCAACGCUCUGCAGUACCUCCAGCCUGGGAUUGGACUUCGAGAAACGCCCGAGAGAUAUAUCGGACUCCUGCCGUUUUAUCAUUGUUUUGGCUUCUGUGCUCUGGCCUUGAUGCCGAUGAGAACGGGCAGCCAUGUUUGCACCCUCCCCAACUUUGAUCCCCUCAGUUUCGUGGCAGCCAUUAAAAAUCACAAGCCCACGGUGCUUAACGUGGUCACCCCCCUGGUCCAGUUCAUCGUCGCAUUCCCAGAGUUGGGGAAAAAAGAGUUUGAAUCUGUUCACACGGUUGUGAGUGGAGCUGCUCCAGUAGGGCCGCUUCUCACCCAGGCGUUACUCAAGAAGGCCGACAAUGACCUGUUCUUCCAGGAGGGCUACGGGAUGACGGAGGCUACCUGCUUCACACACAUUUCUCGUGAGCGGUGGAAGAACACAAAGUUGGGUUCCAUAGGCUGCGUCAUCCCGGGGACCAAGUGCAAAGUGGUCGACAUCGACACUGGGGAAGCCCUUCCUCAGGGGAAGGCUGGGGAGUUGUGGAUCAAGGGACCUCAACUUAUGAAGGGCUACUACAAAAAUGAGACUGCGACCAGAGACACCAUUACGCCUGACGGAUGGCUAAAAACAGGCGACGUGGCCAAGUACGACGAAGACCUCUGCUUCUACAUCGUGGACAGGAUAAAAGAGCUCAUCAAAGUGAAGGGGCUUCAGGUUUCGCCUUCGGAGUUGGAAGACUUGUUGAGGACGCAUCCCGACAUUGCGGACGUUGCCGUGGUGGGCGUGAACCACGAGAGAUUUGGAGAGGCUCCGAGGGCGUACGUCGUCAAGAAAAACGACAGCCUCACUGCCACCAAGGUUCACGACUUUCUCGACAAGAAAGUCGCCCCACACAAGAAAUUGGCUGGUGGGGUGGAGUUCAUCGAUGCUAUUCCUCGAGCCCCGUCAGGGAAAAUUUUGCGUAGGGUCCUCCUCGCCAACUACUUGAGUGGGAAACAUUAGAUAAAAAUAUCCUCUGCAUAAUCCACUUUUACGACUUUUACGAAACGAAAUUAUAAAUAUUUCUUGGGCCAAAUGAGAAGAUAAAUCGUAUCAUUUAUUACUAGAAAUGGUUGAUAAAAUUCCUUCAUUUUUGCAUGAUGAAGUAUGUGGAGUGUCAUACAUAAUUGUUUUGUAUGGUUAAGGAAUACGCACUCGAGGGAUAUGUAUUGACUGACCAUGACUAUGUAUGCAUGCUGCUAUGAUGCUCAUCCCAAUGCAUACACAAGAAUUUGCAAGAGUGCAUCAAAAAUAUGUAUGGUGUCAAAGUCCAGCUUGUAUAAUAGGAGUUUUUUGGUGCAAUAAAUAUAUUUUGUGUUUAUACAUCUGCAUACAACCAU